GUAUUUUACAUUUAAAUGCAGCCAAUAGCUUGUGCUUUGCUUUAUUAAUAAUGAACUGAUCAAAUGCUCUAAGCUUGGCCACACUCGCGGGCAACUUCAGGAUUAAACUCAAAGCACAGAGUGUGUCUGCGAAAUGGAAAACUCAAGGCAAAGCAAAGAAUCGUCGGAAUUAGAAAGGGGGACUUCUGUGGAUGAUUACAAACUUGCAUCGUUAGGUGCCACAAACAAGCACCAGCUGCAGAACACAUGGACCCUGUGGGGCGUAAACUACGAUCCCGAAAUACCGUGGGAGGACAUGCUGAAGGAGAUUGACAGCUUCGAUACCGUCGAAGACUUCUGGAACCUGUAUUUCAGCAUCGAUACGCCAUCCAAGCUCAACCGCGGCUGUGAUUACAUGCUCUUCAAGAAGGGCAUUCGCCCCAUGUGGGAGGAUCCGCCGAACAAGGGCGGAGGUCGUUGGACAAACGGUGUGGAUAAAAGGUUCUCAGCCGAACUGGACAAAAUUUGGCUGGACGUGCUUCUUUGCAUUAUUGGCGAGGCCUGCGAUCACUGCGAUCAGAUCUGUGGGGCUUUGGUCAGGAUUCGCAAAAAUAUCAACAAAGUCUCCGUAUGGACAAAGGCAGACGCUGGCGAUGAGGCCAUCCGGGAGAUUGGUCACAAGCUGAGCUGUGAGGUCUUGAACCUCAAAGGGAAAAAAAAUUGGAUAUUCUUUCCGCAUGGGUCCCAAGAAGGUUGAAUUUAUGUUGCAUGCUAAACCUUGAGGUAUUAGCAUCCCAGUAACUUUAAAUUGUAUGAUAAAUUAGAUAUUUAAGUACUUCAAUAUUUUGCAUUACAAAAUAUUACACAAAUAUUACAGUUUUCUGAAUAUGUAAAACAUUAAGGUCACAACGAUCCACUCUGUGCAAAUGUAAUAUUUCACUAUUAUAUUACAAUAUAAUAUUAUAUUAUUACAAUAUUAUAUUAUACUAAGUAUAAACAAAACAAUGAAUUUAAUGUAACAAACAGUGCUAAAAGCCCAAAUAGACGAAUAAACUAUUGCACAUCCCCCAA